UUAGUCUUUCCCACCUCCUUUCAGUUCGAGUCGUGAGAAACAAAUCCUUUUACUGGUCGUUGCUUUCGUGCCCUACACUUACAGGGCAUUAGAAGAGGCAGUUCUUCGUGGAAUGCGCUUCUUCUUCCGCUGAGCGAUAAUUUCUCUGGAUUUCUGUAUUUUGAGUGCUCUUUAUCUCUCUACAUCUCUCGCUUACAGGAGAAAGUGCUCGCCCCUUUUUUGGGAGUCAAUACCGUACGUUUUCGGCGCAGCGGCGAGGGAUCUACCUGUACUUGAGAGCUCGAAAAUGACGGUCACACCGAUGAUCUCCAUCAGCAAUGGGAACCUUGUGGUUCAUGGGAAGACAAUACUGACCGGAGUGCCUGAUAAUAUUGUGCUGACUCCGGGUUCAGGUUUGGGGCUUGUCGCUGGUGCUUUCAUUGGUGCCACGGCUCCCCAUAGCAAAAGCCUCCAUGUGUUUCCUAUGGGUGCUUUAGAGGGUCUCCGAUUCAUGUGUUGUUUCCGAUUCAAGCUGUGGUGGAUGACUCAAAGAAUGGGGACAUGUGGGAGAGACGUUCCUCUUGAGACUCAAUUCAUGCUUGUAGAAAGCAAAGAUGAAACCGAGGGAGGCAAUCAAGAUGACACCCCAACGAUAUACACAGUCUUCCUCCCACUCCUUGAAGGCCAGUUCCGUGCUGCUCUGCAGGGCAACGACAAGAAUGAGAUUGAGAUUUGCAUCGAGAGUGGAGAUACUGCUGUUGAGACAAAUCAAGGCCUUCACCUGGUAUACAUGCAUGCUGGAACUAAUCCCUUUGAAGUAAUCACCCAGGCUGUAAAGGCUCUUGAAAAACACAUGCAAACUUUUCUUCAUCGAGAGAAGAAAAAGUCGCCUUCUUUCCUUGACUGGUUUGGCUGGUGCACUUGGGAUGCUUUCUAUACUGAUGUCACUGCUGAGGGUGUUGAAGAAGGGCUUAAAAGUUUAACCAAAGGAGGGACGCCUCCAAGAUUCCUAAUCAUAGAUGAUGGCUGGCAACAGAUUGAAAAUAAACCCAAGGAUGCUGAUACCGUCGUACAAGAAGGAGCACAGUUUGCAAGUAGGCUGACUGGAAUAAAGGAGAAUGGAAAAUUCCAAAAGAAUGGCCAGAGCAAUGAACAGGUCUCAGGCUUGAAGCAAGUUGUAGAUGAAUCCAAGCAACAUCACAAUGUCAAAUAUGUGUACGUCUGGCAUGCUCUGGCUGGUUACUGGGGUGGGGUGAAGCCAGCAGCUUCUGGUAUGGAGCACUACGACACUACUCUCGCAUACCCAGUGCAGUCCCCUGGUGUACUAGGCAACCAACCGGACAUAGUCAUGGACAGUCUGGCUGUUCAUGGCUUGGGACUGGUGCAUCCGAAGAAGGUUUUCAACUUCUAUAAUGAGCUUCAUGCUUACUUGGCUUCAUGUGGGAUAGAUGGAGUAAAAGUUGACGUGCAAAGCAUUAUUGAGACUCUUGGUGCUGGCCACGGUGGCAGAGUUUCUCUUACACGUAGCUACCACCAGGCCCUUGAGGCGUCAAUUGGUCGAAACUUCCCCGACAAUGGAUGCAUUGCUUGCAUGUGUCACAACAACGAUGGGAUCUACAGUGCGAAGCAGACUGCUAUUGUGCGAGCUUCCGAUGACUUCUACCCUCGGGACCCUGCUUCCCAUACCAUCCAUAUUUCUUCUGUUGCUUACAAUUCCCUCUUCCUCGGAGAAUUUAUGCAACCUGACUGGGAUAUGUUCCAUAGUCUACACCCAGCAGCAGAUUAUCAUGGUGCAGCUCGUGCUAUUGGUGGAUGCCCUAUCUAUGUUAGUGAUAAACCUGGCAAUCACAACUUUGAACUUCUGAAGAAACUGGUCCUCCCUGAUGGUUCAGUUCUCCGUGCCCAGCUACCUGGUAGACCCACCCGCGACUGUCUCUUUGCUGAUCCAGCUAGAGAUGGGACCAGCUUGCUCAAAGUAUGGAAUGUGAACAAAUGUUCCGGAGUAGUUGGCGUGUUCAACUGCCAAGGAGCUGGAUGGUGCAAGAUUGAGAAGAAGACCCGCAUCCAUGAUACAUCUCCUGGAACCCUUACUGGUUUUAUCCGAGCUGCUGAUGUUGAACUCAUGGCUCAAGUUGCUGGUGCCAAUUGGAAUGGGGAGACACUAGUUUAUGCCCAUAGAUCAGGAGAAGUGGUUCGGUUUCCAAAAGAUGCUUCAGUGCCGGUGACACUCAAAGUUCUUGAGUAUGAACUUUUCCACUUCUGUCCGCUUAAGGAAAUCACAUCCAGCAUUUCAUUUGCUUCAAUAGGCCUGCUGGACAUGUUCAACAGUGGUGGUGCUGUGGAGCAGAUUGAGGUCCAUAUGACUUCGGACGGGAAACCUGAGCUAUUUGAUGGUGAAGUGUCCUCAGAGCUGACCACUUCUCUCAGUGAGAACCGAUCUCCAACUGCAACAAUUGCCGUCAAAGUUCGGGGAUGUGGACGGUUUGGUGCUUACUCUUCCCAGCGUCCAUUGAAGUGCACAGUCGGCAAUGAAGAGACCAAUUUCAACUAUGACGAUGCCACCGGCUUGGUUAUCUUUAACAUACCAGUCCCAAAAGAAGAGAUUUACAGAUGGUCUCUAGAGAUCCAAGUCUAAGUGGUUCAAUAUUAUGAUAUGUCAAUUAGAGCCCUACCCAUUAUUUUGAGAGCGGAGCCAGGGUUAGUAGGGCUUAGGGUUCAGGCACGAGUUUGCUGGUGAAAGUAUACUGCAGAGAGGGAGAGCUUUUGCAGUGGAAUAACUCGGGCGAUCUAUGUUUGUUGUUCUCUUUAAUAAAGAUCUUAUAUUUUUAAUAUCCUCUAAUGGUAGUGGAUAAAGCAGUUGUACCCAAAUGUAUCUUCAUGCAAGGCAGUGAUUCACCUCUCAAAACAUGUCA